GGUUUGAACUGGCCAAUGGGCGAGCUGCCGACCGGGUGUCUGAAAAGGAGGAGGAAGCGGGGAGGAGUCGCCGCCAGAGCUGGACUGCAUCCGCCGCGGCGUCUCCAUGGCAAGACCCUGGCCUCCGACUUCAACGACUUCAUAAGGAGGCGUUUCUGGGCGCAGCCGUGUCGCUCCUGGUUUCCAUCGUGUGAGAAGAACAGAGUAACGAGUCUCACGCAGAAAAAGGUCUUGAGGACACCUUGUGGCUCACCCAGUGUGAGUGUGACGAAGCGAACCAUGAAGGACCGCUCUUCAACUCCCCCCUUACAUGUUCACGUGGAUGAGAACACCCCUGUCCACGUCCACAUAAAAAAACUCCCGAAAGCAUCAGCGACCAACAGCCAGAAAUCUCAUAAGCGUGGAAUGAAAGGGGACACCGUGAAUGUGCGUCGGAGUGUCCGGGUGAAAACCAAGAAUCCACCUCACUCUGCCUGGAGUCACGUCACGCCACCAUCUUCAGAAAAGCUGGUCUCAGUGAUGCGGUUAAGUGACCUCUCUAAAACCGAAGAUGACGACUCGGGUCACUGUAAAAUGAACCGUGAUGAUAAGAAGAGUGACAGUCUAAUGAACGCGUUUGGUUGUCUCAAGUCUGAGGUCAAGAUGCAGAAGGGAGAGCGCCAGAUGGCCAAAAGAUUCUUGGAGGAACGGAAGGAGGAGCUGGAGGAGGUGGCCCAAGAGCUGGCCGAGACCGAGCACGAGAACACGGUGCUACGGCACAACAUCGAGCGCAUCAAGGAGGAGAAGGACUUUACCAUGCUUCAGAAGAAACACCUCCAGCAGGAGAAGGAGUGCCUCAUGUCCAAGCUGAUGGAGGCUGAAAUGGAUGGGGCUGCCGCGGCCAAACAAGUCAUGGCCCUGAAGGACACCAUCGGGAAACUGAAGACGGAGAAACAAAUGACGUGCACGGACAUCAACACCCUAACGAGGCAGAAGGAACUUCUCCUGCAGAAGCUGAGCACAUUUGAGGAGACCAACCGCACCCUUCGAGAACUGCUGAGGGAACAGCACUGCAAAGAGGAUUCCGAAAAGUUGAUGGAGCAACAAGGAGCACUAUUGAAACGGCUGGCAGAGGCGGACUCCGAGAAAGCGCGCCUGCUAUUACUGCUGCAAGACAAAGACAAGGAGGUGGAAGAGCUCCUCCAGGAAAUACAAUGUGAGAAGGCUCAAGCGAAGACAGCAUCUGAGCUUUCGAAGUCCAUGGAGACCAUGCGUGGGCAUUUGCAGGCACAGCUUCGGUGCAAAGAGGCAGAGAACAGUCGCCUGUGCAUGCAGAUCAAGAACCUGGAGCGCAGCGGAAACCAGCACAAGGCGGAAGUGGAGGCCAUCAUGGAGCAGCUGAAGGAACUGAAGCAGAAGGGAGAACGAGACAAAGAGUCCUUGAAGAGGGCCAUCCGAGCCCAGAAGGAACGAGCUGAGAAGAGUGAGGAGUACGCUGAGCAGCUGCACGUGCAGCUUGCUGACAAGGAUCUUUAUGUUGCUGAAGCUUUAUCCACUCUGGAAUCAUGGAGGAGCCGCUACAACCAAGUUGUGAAGGACAAGGGGGACCUCGAGCUGGAAAUUAUUGUCCUGAAUGACCGGGUGACAGAUCUUGUAAACCAACAACAAACCUUGGAGGAGAAGAUGCGGGAAGACCGGGACAGCCUGGUGGAGAGACUACACCGGCAGACUGCCGAGUAUUCCGCAUUCAAGCUAGAGAAUGAGAGGCUGAAGGCUAGCUUCGCCCCGAUGGAGGAGAAACUCAACCAGGCGCACGUCGAGGUUCAGCAGCUGAAGGCAUCGGUUAAGAACUACGAGGGAAUGAUUGACAACUAUAAAAGUCAGGUGAUGAAGACCAGAUUGGAGGCUGAUGAAGUGGCUGCCCAGCUGGAACGCUGUGACAAAGAGAACAAGAUCCUUAAAGAUGAGAUGAACAAAGAGAUUGAAACGGCGCGGAGGCAGUUCCAGUCCCAGCUGGCUGACCUGCAGCAGCUGCCUGAUAUUCUCAAGAUCACCGAGGCUAAGCUGGCAGAGUGCCAAGACCAGCUGCAGGGCUAUGAGAGGAAGAACAUCGACCUCACAGCCAUCAUAUCAGACCUGCGCAGCCGGAUCGAACAUCAGGGGGACAAGCUGGAGAUGGCGAGAGAGAAACAUCAGGCUUCCCAGAAGGAAAAUAAACAGCUGAGUCUGAAGGUGGAUGAACUGGAGAGGAAACUGGAGGCGACCAGUGCCCAGAAUAUCGAGUUCCUACAGGUGAUUGCCAAGAGGGAGGAGGCAAUCCACCAGUCCCAGCUGCGACUAGAGGAGAAAACCCGGGAAUGUGGGACGCUGGCGAGGCAGUUGGAGAGCGCCAUUGAAGAUGCCAGGAGGCAGGUGGAACAAACCAAGGAGCACGCAGCCUCCAAGGAGCGAGCAGCCCAGAACAAAAUCCUGGACCUUGAGACCCAGCUGAGCAGGACCAAGACUGAACUCAGCCAGCUCCGGCGGAGCCGGGACGAUGCUGACCGCCGCUACCAGAGCCGCCUGCAAGACCUGAAAGACCGCCUGGAGCAGUCGGAGAGCACGAACCGCAGCAUGCAGAACUACGUCCAGUUCCUCAAGUCGUCCUAUGCCAACGUGUUUGGGGAUGGUCCCUACACUUCCUACCUAACAAGCUCUCCCAUCCGCUCCCGGUCUCCUCCUGCCUAAGGCGGCCACUCUUGGGCUAGGAGCUCGGAUGGAUGCCGUGGGAACUGAGGCGUUGCUAAGCCAUACCCGGAAAGCCUGUUGGUUUCCUCUCUCGUCCUGUGAUGAAGUAUGUUCAGGAUCUUGUCUUAGCUACUAGCUCCAGAAAAGUGCCUGAAGCAGCAGGGGAUGAAGCAGAACCCACUUAGUUCUCUCCUCUCUGAUAGCAUCGCCUGAUGGAAGUUUUUAAUUACCCUGACAGGCCUUAAAGUUACUACUAUUAGGGUCAGAUUUUAACUCACCGUGACUUUGCUCAUUCCUUCCGCAAGAGGAUGUUUGGACUGGACUUUCCCUCCAGUUCCCUUACAGCUCUCUUCUUUUUAGGACUCUCUCUUGGGUUUUCCCUGACCUGAACCAGCAGGAGCUGUUCGCCAGAGGUCCUCACCGCUCCUCAUGUUCACUUGCUGUUUUCCUUAUUUCAUGGGUACGGUGUUUUCCCCAAGGUGCUCGCCUCCCAAGCCCAGUGGAAACCUCUCAUGGCCAAGUUUCCUCAAGGCCACUUGCCCUCACGCACUUGCCAAUAGACACUCGAGGGCUUAUGUCCAGUUCACCUUGUAAAAGUACAAUCCCAAUCUCAUUGAUUUUUCUCUUUGCCAGGUUUGUAUCUGUGGAAUGCAUUUAUUCUUGAAACAUGUGCAUUGUUUUACAAAAAGCUUUUAUAAUCAAUAUUUAAGGCUCCAUCGGAUGAUUUCCUUUACCCACCCCAGCCCUCUUCUAAAAAUGAUUCAGUAAAAUGCUGCAGGAGAGCCAGUAAACGUUUUU